AUGAAAGCUGACGACAAACUUCAGAUCCUGAAGUUCUUUCUGAUGCUUGUCAAUUCAGUCUUUGUGAUUCUUGGCAUCAGCAUUUUUGCGUGUUCUGCUUGGAUCCUGUUCGAUACGACCAACUUUAUAAGGGUUAUAAGUGCUGGAGAGGACAUCAGACUGGUGGCUGGGGGGCUUUUUUUCAUCGGACUGGUUGUGGUCGGUGUGUCCCUGCUGGGUUGUACUGGUGCCUGUUUAGAGAACAGAUGUUUUAUCACAUUUUAUCUGGGUUUCUUAAUUAUCGUCAUACUGGGUCAGAUUUUUGUCACCUUCGUGCUAUUAAUAAGAAGACAACGUAUCGAGCAAUAUUUGACCAGCGGUGUGGAUAACAUCAUUAAGGAAUAUGGAGGAAAUGAAACACACACAUCAUGGAACCUUCUAGACAGCGUGCAGACUUCUGCAAAGUGCUGUGGUAGGCUGACAUCAGAUGAAUGGAGGAAUAAUACGGUUAUUUGGUCCCUGAAUGGGACAGACAUCUACCCGUGCUCCUGUUUCAAUGAUACCUGCCCUUCAAUCAACCAAACACACAGUUUUGGAAAUGGUUCAAAUAUCCACAAUAGGGGCUGCGAGACAUUUCUCAGAGAUUGGCUGCAUGCAAACAUAAUUGUCAUAUUUGGGAUGGAUGCUGGACUUCUGUUGAUUCAGGUGCUGCAGUUUAUCUUGGGAGUUCACACCUACAGAUGCAUCGGCCGCAAGAUGAGAGAGGUGCAUCCGAAUAAACUGCUGAACGCCGUGGAGGAGAGUCCUUCAUCACAGCCCGUUCACCUGCAGCCUGUUGAGCAAACCUAUAACCUACAGAUUGACAGUGGACAUGAGAACGGUGGAUACGUUCACGUUGGCUACGAUCACGGUGGAUAUGUUGCUGAAAAUUAUGACCAGUAUCACAAUCGUGAAGCGUUUUAUGAGCAAGACAACAGUCAAAAUGACAACACACCUCACAACCUGGAAUACCAGCAAGGCAACUAUGAUCAGCAGUAUGUUCACCAUCAGGGCUACAACGGCGAUGACUACUGA